AUGAGCGAAGCGUUCUCCACGGCCAAAGAUCUGAUUACCAGUCUUCUCCCAAAGUCAUUUCGUGGUACCAGUAGUCGACGAUAUACAACACCAAAUGGCAAGCGACAAAAGCUAUCAAAUGACACUUCUGAAGAUUACCAACAUGACAAACCAGCUGCGCUGCAAGAUGACAAUGAAGACCCAGGAGACCCCACAAGGAACUUGGCUGACGCAUUUGAAGAAAUCGACAAGCAAAAAGAAAACCAACGGCCGGAAACGGUCCAUGACAACCCUGCCAGUGGAGUUGCCAGUGGAGUUGCCAGUGGAGCUCCACUGGCAGCUCUUGCAGACAACCCGUCUGCAAGAGCUCCACUGGCAGCUCUUGCAGCGGCUGUGCCAGAUCAUCCAUCCCUUGUCCCAGAUCCAUCACUUCAAAAGGAUGGACCUGGCACGGCUGUGGCAGUGGAAGAAGGAUGUUUGUUGGCUCACGUGCGAGAUAACAUGGUGUCCAAGUCCCGUCCAUCAGCCUGUACUCCAUCAUCAGCGAGUGCUCCAUCUGCAUAUGUCUUGAGCAGUCGCAGUCGCCGUCAAGGUACCAAGAGAUCCAAGGAAAGCAUCAGUCUCAGCAUGGCUUCCCCAGCAUCGUCAAACUCCAGUCGAAAAUUUGUCAAGGGUCGAAAAUUUGUCAAGGCCAAACGUCCUGUGCGUGAAAAUGAUGCAGCAGCAGCAGUGGCAUCUAAUGAUCAAGAUUCGGAUGCGGCGGCGGCGUCCAGCAAUAAUCAAGAUGGUUCUGGUCAAGAUGGUUCAGGUCAAGAUUCGGAUGCGGCGGCGGCAUCCAGCAAUAAUCAAGAUGGUUCUGGUCAAGAUGGUUCUGGUGCAGCAGCGGCCGCGCCCAAGAGGAGCGAAGAUGGUUCUGGUUUGGCGGUGGCGGCCAAGACGGGCAAGAGUACUGGAGAAGAUGAUGAUGAUGCUCUGAUGCGUGAGCUUGAGGAGGUUCGGGAAGAUGGCGCUUUGGACUCGCUUGACCUUUCAAAGUCCCCUGACAUGUAUAUGUCUGACUCAUCCAAAGAGAAUGAGUCCAAGAAGGAUUCAUCGCAAGAUGAUUCUGGAAGCAGUAUUCUGUUUGAUGCCGACCAGGACGAAGAGAUGAAAGACGCAGCUGAUGAUAAUGUAGAAGCUCGAAGUGCAUCGGCGAAGGACAAGAGCGAUGAGGAACUGGCGAAGGAGUCAGCUGACGCCGAACCAAAGGACUCCCCAAGAGUUGUCGGUCUGGAGUCUGCUGUGGAAGAUGAUGACAACCCCGAGAAGACGGACGGCGAUCUCCUUGAAGGGGCGAAGGACACGGAGUCCGAAAAGGAAGAAUCAGCUGCCAACGACCAGGACGAAGAGAUGAAAGACGCAGCGGACGGCGAUCUCGUUGAAGGGGCGAAGGACACGGAGUCCGAAAAGGAAGUUUUGGCCAAGGAAUCAGAUGAAGAUGAAUCGGAAGCUCUGAAGGGCACCGAAGAUGAAGCUCGGGCAAUGGUGGAAGAUACGUCGGCCAAGAAAUCAGAUGAAGAUGAAUCGGACUCCGAAAAGGACGCAGAAGAGCAGAACGAGUCCGAAAAUGACACUCUGGCCACAGUUGAGGGUGCCGACCCAAAGGACGCGGAAGAGGAAACCAUGGCAACGGCUGAGGGCACCGCCGACGACGAUGAAGAAGAUGCAGCUGCGUCAGGAUCGAAAGAAAAUGCAGAUGAUACCAGCAAUGCAGCCAACAAGCAGAAGAAAGCGCCAGCCAACAAAGCACCGACGGCCGCAAUGAGAUCUCUUUUGGACGGUUAUGGUACUGAUGAUGAGCAAGAAAAGUGGGAAAGACUGGUUGCUGCUCAGAUUAGACGAAAGGAGGCAGAGCUCAAGAUGGUCAACGAAGCUGGUGAUCUUGGGAUGAUCAACGAGGCUGGUGAUGUCCAGAAAGCCGGUAAACUCCUGAUCGACGAUGCAGCAAAGGUCAUUGUGGACUCCUGGAAGAAAGUGCGCGAUGUCAAGUCAGACUACACUGGAGACAAGGGCAAAGUAACUUGGUUCUCUCGAGAACCGUACAUUAGGUGCAUGGCCUACGAAGGUGAAAAGCACUUCAAGUACUUACCUGAAGCGGACAAAUGGGAGAUCUGCCUUUAUGGAUCGGGUACUCGAAAACUUGAACACAAGAAUCCCAAGUCACUCAUUCUCAAGAAAUUCACAGUGAGCGAUGGUUUUGUGCAAUUCUUCUUGACUCGCAAUGCAUACCACAUCAUCAAAGAAUCCACAGGGUAUGGACACGGCUGGAAGCGAGUUAACGACAAACGAUUCUAUCGCCUCUUCGCCGAUUCGUUGCAUUUUGACAAAUCAAGACCUGCGCUGAAUGAUGAGGUUGAGUUGCGUGCCACCAAGGCAGAUGUGACCAUGUACUUCCAUCAAGACGAAGAAUUCUUUGACAAGACUCAGAAGAGGCUGAUCCCUCACAUGAAGCGUGACAUUAUUGAAAGGCGAAAGAACGAGAAUCCGAACUGGCGCAAAAUCACCGUUAUAGUUGGAUGCGCUGAUGCUGAUACUGAAGAGGGAGGCAAAGUUGAAUAUGCCGUCCCCGAAGUGCGUCUUAAAUACGUCCAAAGGAAGGGGGACAUUACGUGUCUGCCGUGCUCAACUGCCUCUGUUUUCUACUACAUGGGAGAGCAAAAGAAGCUUGAGGAGGCGAAGAUCAAAGCAAGCUGUGUUCGAAUGUUGAAGCUGAUGGUUGAUCUCAUCGAUUCCGCCAAAACCGACGACUACACCACCAAGUGUUUAAGUGUCAUCUGCAAGGAAAUGAAUGUGGCAACACAACCCGCCAAGAAUUACAACCCCUUCGAUCCGAAUGAUCCAUACAAGGAUUACCCUGUCUUGGUCAAGCUCAAGAGUAAAAAUUGCACGCAUUGUGUGGUCCUCUUCAAGGGGCUACUUUUUGAAGCUGCCUACGAUUACGCCCUGGCGCUCACUGAACGCAAUCUCCAGGAGCUUUGUGGCGGUGUGGAGGAGGGCGACUACGAAGGAAUUGCUUGGGCAGAACAGUUGGUCCCCACGAUCUCCAAGAAGGCCAAGAACAAGAACAAGGCCAAGAAUAAGGCGAAGAAUAAGGCCAAGAAGGCACAGAAAGGAAUGAAGUAA